GAUCGAGUCAGAGAUCAAGAAAGAGCUUGCAUUGAAGCUGGCCAGCUGAUCAAGGAGUCACAACUUGAAGGACCUAUCAUUUCUUUGUAAUUUGUACUCGGACUCCUGCGCGUAUCUUCUUACGCACUGUUCCGGAACAGGAUUGAUAGCCACCGAAACGUUGUAAAGACUUGCUUUGUGCACAGCGGGGGCAUACUGGUGCCAUGCCUGGGGUGGCCAGCUUUUCCGGGCGGGGGGGCCAUGGCCCAAUGGACUUUGAUGCGGUGGUGCUUGCCGGGGGCCUCUCCAAGCAGCUCUAUCCUCUGGUUUCUAAGGAGUUGCCCAAGGCGCUGCUGCCGGUGGGCAACAAGCCGGUGCUGUCGUACACGCUCGAGAUGCUGGAGGCCAACAACCUGACGCACCCGCACGUUGUGGUGGCGGGCGAGGAGGCCGCCAGCCGCGUGCGCGCCUGGAUCAGCGACGCCUUCCAGGACCGGCUGACUGCUAGGGUGACGGCGGUGCCAGAGGAUUCGGGGACGGCGGAGGCGCUGCGUGCGGUGGCGCACCAGAUUCGGGCCAAAGAUUUCAUUGUUCUGAGCGGCGACCUGGUGUGUGACGUGGCGCUCGGGGCAGUGGCGGCUGCGCACUGCCGCAGCACGGCGGCCGCGACCGCCCUGCUGUGCUCCCAGCCCAACAGCAGCUUUGCGGCGGAGAGCAAGGACAAGGGCAAGGCCACCACGGCCCCGCCCGUGGACUACAUCGGCCUCACCACCGACGGCAGCAGCCUGCUCUUCUGCGCCUCAGCGGCGGACGUGGAGCACGAGCUGCGCAUCCGGCGCUCCAUCCUGCGCGCAGCCGGCCAGAUGGUGUUGCGAACCGAUCUGAUGGACACCCACCUCUACGUCUUCAACAGGGUGGUCCUGGACGUGCUGGAGGCGCAGCCCGGCAUCGCCAGCGUCAAGCGCGACCUGCUGCCGUACCUCGUGCGCACCCAGCUGUCGCCCCUGCCCUCGUCAGUGACGGGCCCGUCGUCGGGCCCCGAUGACGCGGUGUCGCGGGAGGACUCAAGCGGCAGCGCGGCGGGCCCGGUGGCCAGCCCGUCGCUGGUGGAGGCGCUGUCGCACCCGGCGAGGCGCGGCCUGGCGGGCGCGGUGCGGCGGUGCGGGGUGUACCUCGCGGGGCCCGACAAGUUCUGCAACCGCCUCAACAGCCUGCAGCAGUACAUCGAGGUCAACCGCGAGGUGGCGGGGGACGCGGUGCACCUCACGGGCUUCCCGGUGUCGUCCUUCAACAACGUGGUCCACCCCUCCGUCGAGAUCGGCAGCAAGACCACGGUGGGCGCGCAGUGCGUGCUGGGGGAGGGGGUCCGCCUGGGCGACAAGUGCAGCGUGAAGCGGUCCGUGCUGGGCAAGAACUGCCGCAUCGGGGCCAACGUCAAGAUCAUCAACAGCGUGCUCAUGGCGGGCUGCGUGGUGGAGGACGGGUGCCACGUGCAGAACUCGGUGGUCAGCGCGGGCGGCCACCUACAGGAGCGCGCCUCCCUCAAGGACUGCUACGUGGGGGCUGCGUACACGGUGGGCACCGGAGAGGAGCACCGCGGCGAGUCGCUGGCCAAGAAACAAUGAGCACGCGCCCGCACGGCAGGGAGACUGGCAGGCGAAAACGUCGCUACGUCGGUUGCAAAACAGCAGCUGCAUCGCUAAGGCUGCCCUGGAGUUUCGUACAGGACUGCUUCUGUUUGUGCACCAACUUGAUUUGCCACUUUGAACACCGAUGCUUGAUGCAGACGGGAAGUUGCAAAUACGCUCUCGCUUCCGAGAACCUUCAUACUGACACAGGCCGGUUCAUUUCAAGACCCGAGCCCUUAUUGUCGCCACAUUGUAUCGUGGUCCUUGUAUGUGGCCCGACCGUGGACUCUCGCUGAGGCAAGUCCUUUGAAUGCUACAAAGGACGUAAGGACGUUUGUUUUCACGGCCAGUGGCGACGGACCC